UAAGAAUAUACAGCCAAAACAACAGAGGUUUUUAUCUGGGAUAUUAUUAACUGAAAUUAAAACCGUUAAAAAACAUUUUUGUGAUUUUAAAAUGAAUGUGAACUAAAAAAACAAAUGUGUUUUAUUUCCGCUAGUUGCCAAGGCAACAUUUCUCAUAUUUAUUUUAAGGUGAAGAACUAAAAUAAAUAAAAAUGAAUGAAUACAGACAUAUUUGUAAAAUCAAAAACUAAUAAAAAUGACAAAAACAACAAAAUUACUGAAACUUUAACUAAAAUUAAAGUGAAAUAAAAUAAUAGCUUAUUAACAAUAUCAACAUAAACCAUAAUUGUAUAUACAUCACAGUAAAAAAAGAAUAUAUAAAUUAAACAUAAAUAGCCUAUGUGUAUUGUGUCCUGAUAUUUUUAUCGAUUUAAAAAUAAUAAUGAUUAAAUCAUGUUUGUUUAUAAUAAUAACAAAAACUUGUUUUAAAAAUGUUGCCUAGCCUUUUUAUUCUGAACUGGGUGUAAGUUUCGUAUCUGUGACAGAAACUGACUCGUGAAUUGAAAGUGAAAGUAAAAUCAGCUGUUUCUGUUUAUGUCUGUAUGAAACUCAUUGUUAUGCUACGAGUAAAACGGGAGCUGAAGCAUCUUGAAGCGGAUACAACACCGAGAAGCAUUUGCAGUCGUAUCUAUCGGUGGAUGGGAGAGUUUUGGAGUAAAAUGGCUUCUCGACUAUACAGCCGCUCUGUAUCAUGGGAUUAUGAAGUGAGGGGCCUUUUAAACUACAGUCUGUCCUGCUGUAUUAAUGCCUUGCUUCAGUCCUUCUCUGCCACCAAUGAACUCCUGGACAUACUGAACAAAUGGCAUCCAUCAGAUGGGACUGAUGAGAGGAACGUCCCACUGCAGUUGAGGAACACCCUGGAAGCCAUGAGGGACAAAUCACAUCCUGCUCCACACAAAGACUUCCUCAACUGCCUCUACCGGCAAGCCAUCCGACCAUCCACUCAACAAGAUGCAGAUGAAAUAUUUCACAUCAUCCUUAAUCUGAGUCAGAAGCAGAUGCCUGAUGCUGUGGCUCAGGAAAUCCGCAGUCUCUAUGAGAUAAAGGUAGAGACCCAGGUGGUGUGUUCAAAGUGCAAAUUCAUUCACAGAGCACCCAGCUCUCUUUUCAGCCUUCCUUUGGCAAUCUGUGAAAGAGAAAACACCCUGGAAAGCUGCAUCAACUCUUUUUUCAAGCAACAAAAGCUACCGGACAGCGAGAAGUUUUACUGUGACCGGUGUGAUGAAAAGCAGCCGUCCACUCAUGAAGUGAAUCUUGUCUCAUUGCCUCCGAUUCUGUGUGUCCACUUGAAAAGAUUCAGAAACAAUGAUGGUUUCACCAGGAAACUCUCCAACAAAGUCACCUUUCUUGAAACAUUCGGCAGUGACAUUUUUACUGCAGGAAAAUCAGAAAAUGCUGAUUGUCUCAAGGCUGAUGAGUAUUACAGUCUCUAUGCUGUAAUAGUGCACAUAGGAACUGCCAUGUUUGGACACUACACUGCUUUCAUCAGACCAAAUCAGGACCAGAUGUGGUAUUAUGCUGAUGACUCCUGUGUGCGACCAUCCACAUGGGCAGAUGUGCAGGACACAUAUGGAGGGUCCCGUCAGUAUGGAGACACAGCCUACUUGCUUCUGUACAGGAAGAAGAGCAGAAAUUUAUCUGGAUAACUGUUGUGUACACUGCAGCACUUGAUGAACACUAUAUGAAUUAAUACAGAGAAAAUUCCAAGAAUAUGACCGAAGUCUAUUUAUAUUUUGGGUAUAAGUAUGAAGAAAGGUUUUUAAGAAUGUAAAUCAGUAUAUUUUCAUAUUGAUUGGGGUUUAUAUAGGACAGUAUUUUGGAUAGGGUUAUGCUAUUUUGCCAGAGAAUGUUUUGUGAAAUUUAUGGAUAUUGUUAAAUACAAAUAAUAAUAUGUUUUGAAAUAAUGUUGUCUUUUAUCUCAAGUUCUUACUGUAAAGCUCUAAUGUAAAAAUACUGUGCAAAAAUAAAAUGUUUUAAAAAGGUU